CUUAAUACAUUUCUCACUCAAAUGAGAAUCUACUUCUCCAAUAACGUCGCAAAGAUCAAUACUAAGGAAGUAAAAGUAUUGGCAGCAUCUAGUUUCCUAACUAAAGAUACUAUAAAGUGGUUUAUACCACAUGUUAAAAACUGGCUUAAAAUAAGCGUCGAGCAGAAGAACCCAGAAAUAAUUUUGAUAUUCAUAAGUUAUAGAUAUUUUGUUACUAAGCUCAAAUAA